GCGAGGGAGGCCCCAGUGGAGAGCCGGCCUCCAUGGCGGACACGUUCUCGGGCCCCUGGCUCCUGGGCUUGCUCCUGUUUCCCUGGAUGCUGCAGCUCACAGGAAAGCAGUCGGUGACCCACACUGGUGCCCCCAUUUUGGUCUCUCUGGCCAACAAGGCCAUUUCCUUCGACUGCCAAAUCACCUACCCAGACAACCCCAGACUCAAGAACUUCACAGCCUUGUACUUUUUUGUGGACCUCCAGAACCAGCAGAGCCCCAGUGAGCAGAUCAAGUGCCCACCCGACCUGGGCAACGAGAACCAGACGCACACUCUGAGAUGCUUGGUCACCCCCCGGCUGCCCAAUGCAUCGGCCACUGGUACCUACUAUUGCUCCGUGGUCUGGCCAAACAUCCAGAGAAUCAGCAAAGGCGUCUUCAUCCUGGUCAGAGACACGGGGUACCGACGGCCCCCGCAGGGCUCCCAGCAGCUCCUGCUCUUUUGCUUCACUGGCGUCCUGACUGUGCUGAGCAUCUUGGUCACAGCCCUGCUGCUCUGGAGGAAGAAAAGGAUGCAGGCUCCUCAGAAGCACCCCGCACAGAGGGGCUCGGACCUGAGCGCCCACAGCCAGCAGCAGCCUCCGGACGAAUCCGUCUACAUGGCCCUACAGCACAGAGACACUGAAAUCUACUCCUGCAUCCAGAACGAGGCCAGCAGCCUGCCAACCACCCAGAGCAGCCUGCCAACCACCCAGAGCCUCCUCUCCCAGGAGAAAUUGCACGGAUUUACAGAUGACAGCAAAUUUAACAUGGUCUAUGAAAACCUCUAGGACGAGCUCCACUGGCCCAUAGAUCCAAGGCCCCACGGCAGCCCCUCCCUCCACAGGACUGGCCCCACACCAGGAGCGAGGCCCCCGGGGUGCCCCAUCACCUUGCCCCCACAUUCAAGGUGUUCCCGGCCUUGGGUCUGCCCCUUACCCCCCAUUCUGUGCCCUAGCCACACCCACUGAGCAUCUUGCAUCUGGCUUUUGCCCAGGCUCUUCCCUCAGCCUGCCAGCCCAUCCUCCAGUCUCCAUGGGCUCUCUCGGACACCACCCCUCCCCAAGCCCUCCUCACUCUCUCAAGAUCCACAGGCUCUCUCGGCACCAGCCUGUACCACAGACUGUAAGACCAGCCACGAGCUCCUCAGGAGGUUCCCGGCAGUGAGUGAGCACAGAAAGGAACAAUUACAAAAAUGGCCCCUGCCCGGCUGGGUCGAAGGCACAAGGCAGCCAUGCAAGGUGGAGCAGGGUGCUAGGAGGGGUAGGCAGGGGUUGUGGGCGAGACGGGAGCUGUGCAGAGGCUGGGCUGGGCUCGAGGAUGAAGCUAGGGGCCAGGGAGGUGUCUGAGUGGAGGACAUCAGGCUAGGGGCCUGGAAACUGGAGGGCAAGGGAGGAGACCUGGCAUGUUUGGGGCAGGGAAUGGGGAGACGCUGAGCUGACGGGCUGAACCUCCUGAAGCUCUCCAUCCCCCAACAAGAACCCCAAGGUUGUUUCCCAUCAGCCUGGCCAUCUGCACUCACUGCUUUGUCACCUCUGCUACCAUCCUCCAGGCCUCAGCUGCUCCUCCUUCCCCCCACUGAGGCCCAGUCCCCCAGAGCCCCAGUCUGGCCUACCUGGACCCCAACCCCCUCCUCUCUUGAUCGGCCUUGUGCGCCUGGCCCAGGGCUUUGAGGACCCCCUCCUCCCUCACACAGUCUGGCUGCAGGGCUUGGUGCCUGGGGCGCCUCCGACCCGUGGAAGGCUCCUUGGUGUUGCUGGAGCUCAGGCCCUAGGCAGAUGGCGGCCCCUCGAUGCUUGAACAGAACCAUUUCUGCGGCUUCAAGUGCUCAUUUCUCCCUCUCAGCAGCCCUGCUGGAACCCAUUUCACAGGCAGACGGGCUGAGGGUGGGGAAUCACCCAGGCUGUGGGGCUCUGCUCCUUCCCUCCCCUGCUCUCUCCCAUCCCUGCUGCUUUCUACUAUCUCAUUUGUAAAAUCCUCCCUCCCACCCCCAGGCUGCCCCAGAGGUCCUUGAGGGGCCCUUGCGCACAAAACAUGUCCAGGGACAAUGAGGGGCCCCGACUCUGGCCCUGAGCAGUACCAGGCCACCAGUUUGUGGGCAUCCAGAUAAAACAUUUAUGGGAUCAGGGCGCCUGGGUGGCGUAGUCGGUUAAGCGGUUAAGCGUCUGACUCUUGGUUUCGGCUCAGGUCAUGAUC